CUUAUAAGGUCCAAGAUUUUUGGCAUUUGAUUAUUGACAGUGACGUUUGUGAAUAAUCAGAUUUUCAGUUUAGAGUAAAAAUCUAAUUACAUUACGAAGAAGUGUUUUUAUUUGUUUUAUAGAUAAAAAUCUGAAGAUAUUUAAUGAGAUUAAUUGUUUUUUGUAAGUUCUAGAAAAAAAAUAUGGCAAACACGUCAAACGGUGGCGAAUCUUUUAAUUUUAAGGUAGUAUUACUAGGCGAAGGUUGUGUAGGCAAAACAAGUCUUGUAAUUCGAUAUAUAGAAGACAAAUUUAAUCCCAAGCACAUAUCUACCAUCCAGGCUUCUUUUUUAACUAAGAAACUGAAUUUAGAUGGUAGCCGUAUAAAUCUUUCUAUAUGGGAUACAGCGGGCCAAGAGAAAUUCCAUGCAUUGGGGCCAAUUUAUUAUAGAUCGUCAAACGGAGCAGUAUUAGUUUAUGAUAUUACUGAUGAAGAUUCCUUCCAAAAAGUAAAAUGUUGGGUAAAGGAACUUCGUAAAAUGUUAGGUACUGAUAUUUCAUUAGUUAUUGUUGGAAACAAAAGUGAUUUGGAGAAAGAACGGCAUGUGGAUUUAGAAGAGGCCAAAACAUAUUCUGAAAAAGUCAAAGCAAUGCAUUUCCAAACGUCGGCUAAACUGAACCAAGGUGUGGAAGAUAUGUUCCUUGCAUUAACUCAAAAAAUGCUUGAUGAAGCCAAAUUAAAGGCAGCUCAAGAAAUCCAUUUAACAAGGAAAAAUUCCCAAAGGUUGGUCCAAGUCGUAGAUGAUGAACAGGUACCAAAUACCAACAAGAGCUGUUGUUCCAAUAGUUAGACUGUCCUUAAGGCUUGCGCUUUAUGUAUAUAUCUAUUCAUUUUGUUUUAUUAUUUACAUGUGAUGUUAUUUUAUUAUUUAUAAGUAAAAUAUAAAAUUAUUAUACUAUUUCA